AUGAAAAAACCUUUAACUUAAAAAUCGAAUUAAAGUGCUCUAGUUUAUUGACAAAGAUAUCUAAAUAACUAAAUUAAAUUAAGAUCAUAAACCUUAUAAAUUAGAUGAGUCAAAAGAAUUAUUGACAAUCAAGAUUUAUAUUUUGAGUAUUUAAUAUAACACAAUUAAAAAGAAAUUAGGCUAGAUAUGUUUAACGGUGAAUUGGCAGUAAGCAGAUCUUUUUGAUCAUCCAAAAUUAAUUGAACAUGGAUUAAAGGCUAUUCCUGAAAUCACCAAGUUAUAAUUGAAUCAAAAUUGUAAAUAUAUAAUUCAAGUCACAGAUGGAUUUUGGGAUGUAAUUUCUAUUCAAACUAUUUACAAAAUUCUUUUAAAUUUGAAUAAUUAGAAAAAAACAGAAGACCUUUCACAAUAUAUACUAGAAUAAGCAUUAAAAUAAUAUACUAAUUACAAAAAAGAUAAUAUGACAAUCUUCAUUAUUGAUUUUAUUAUUUAUUUCAAUAAAUUUAUGACAAUUUUUUACUUUUAAAGUUGUAAAUUUAAUAUUACUUUUUAUGUUGCAUUAACUUUAUAAAUAAAUUGUAACAUAUAAUCAAAAUGA